AUGGCAUCUUGUUCCUCUUUCAAUGACACAAAGAGGGUGUUUGAUUCCAUGAAGAGAAGGAAUCUUUUCUCUUGGACGGUGAUGCUAAUGGGAUAUGCCCGAACUGGGGAUCUGGAGGGCAUGAACGCUUUGUUUGGUGCUAUGCCCGAGAGGAAUCUGAUGUCGUGGACGGUCGCGAUUAGUGGGUUUGGUUCCAACGGCAAGAUCCAGCAAGCAAAGAGUCUGUUCGACUCGAUGCUAGAGUGGAAUCUUGUCGCCAUGAAUGCGAUGCUCGCGGCAUUUGUCCAGGAGGGCUAUCUCCAAGAGGCCAAAUCCUUUUUCGAUUGGAUGCCUGAGACGAAUCUAAUUUCCUCGACAACGUUGCUGCGAGCUUACACUCAGGAAUCACAAAUCCUCGAGGCAAAGCGCUUGUUUGAUUCAAUGCCGGAGAAGAAUCUCGUCACCUGGACGACGAUGGUAGCGGCAUUUGGCCAGGAUCCUCUUCUUCUGAGUGAAACGAGAGAUCUCCUUGAUCGGAUGCCGGAGCACAACAUUGUAUCACGGACAGUGAUGCUGAUGUCAUACGGUCGCGCUGGCCACGUCACUCAAGCACAAGGCAUCUUUCAUCAAAUGCCUGGACGAGACCUGACAGCGUGGAAUGCCAUGCUGGUAGCAUUUGCCCAAGAUGGGCAAAUCUUACACGUAAUUAACUUGUUUGGGCAAAUGCCUGUGCAUGACGUAGGAUCCAUGUCAAUCAUGGUAGACACGCUGGCACGGUGUGGGAAGCUUGAGGAAGCAAAAGAAAUAUUUGAUCAUGUCCGCGGCUGGGCUAACCAGAGAGAUGUAACAACCUGGAACACCGUUCUUUCUGCAUUUGCCCGUGAUGGAAAUCUGCAAGAAGCUGAAAAAGUCUUCCAAUCGAUGCCGGAGCGCGAUCUCGUGGGCUGGAAUUCAGUGCUGGUGGCAUAUGCGGGGCAAGGCAAGCCAGCCCAAGCGAUCGGAUUCUUCUACGAGCUUCAGCAACAGUGGAUUCCCAGCGCAAUCAGCGUUGUUUGCUUCUUGGUUGCCUGUGGCCGGGUGGGGAACUGCGCACUGGGCAUCUCUUGCUUCAGAUCCAUGACACGGGACUUCGGAUUGGAGGCAACCAAGCAGCACUACAGCUGCGUGAUCGAUCUCCUGUGCCGGGCAGUCGUUUUGGCGAAUGGCCAAGCCGUGAUUGCUGAAAUGCCCAGUGUUCCUGAUCUUGUCGAUUGGCAUUGCGUGCUCGCGUUUUGUUCCAGUGACAAAAACGUUGAACAAGGAAGAGUGUGUGCCAUGUCUGUUCUUGAGAUGGAACCAGACAACGCUGCUGCUUACGUCUCGUUGUCACAAACAUUGAUCUAA